CUUUCAACAAGAAAGAUAGGUAGUCCUAGUAUUGCGCUCUCUACUAAGUAUAUUCGUACCACCAGAAUAAGCAAAGACUAGAACAACAAGAACAUCACACACUAAAAAAAGAGAAAGUGAAUCAAGUCCUAAAGAUUCUCUCUAUGUCUAUUCUGAAUAAUUUCAACCAAACUUGUAACAGAUACAACAAUCACGACAAGAACUACUACUACAACAAAAAAAACAUGAAAAAAAUGGCGCUGAAAAUUGCUCUGCUGGCGCACCACUUCUGUGUGCAGCAGGUGCUAGCAGUGAAGAUGAAACCAGGAACAGGACCGUCGCCCUUGGAAAGCAUGGACCUCCUGGAAAAAGUACUUGGCGAGAUUGACCAAUCGAACAAAAAGAAUGGGUCUGAACAAGCUGCUUCUGGUGCAAAAGCAGCUGAUUUUUCUGAAAUCGCAGGUCUUGUGGGGAGCUUUGUCGAUGUCCGUUUACUACGAGGACCACAACAGGCAAAGGCUCCUAUGCCUGAGUCUAAACCUUCAUCAUCCAGUUCUCAACCAGCGAAGAAAUCAAUCCCCUCGGAACAAGGUUUCCGUCUUCAAGCUGGGUCUGGAGGGGAACUACCGGCUGAGCAAAAAUGUGCCACUUCUCCUUCGUCUGGUCCCAAAAAGUCCUCGUCCUUCGCCGAUGUAGAUGUAUUAGAUGACCUCCUCGAGACCACCAUAUUUCAUUAAGGGUUGGAAGUUGGCAUCUCUAUGCGCAUCUCUAUGGCUUCUUCAAGUAGGAAAGCCAUAGAUAUGCGAGCUAGAGAUGCCAACUCUCAACCUCUAACUUCACGCAGGAGAAGAGCGGCAAGCGCAAAAAAAAAAAUCACCACAAAGACGUUGUUCCCACUUGGAAGCUUUGAAUUUAUUGGAGCUUUGUGGCGAACUGAAAUACGUGAAAGCAAGACCAGACGAUCCCCUUACAGACCACAUGACACCUGCACAUGAGUUGCUUGUGGCCGCUCUGGGAAAUAAGAUUUCUGGCGCUAGUGACACAAGGAGCUGGAAAGAUUACGUGUCUAGGGCGAGCUUCACCAUCCAAAAUGACAACACUGGCUUCGAUAUGGAAAAUCUUGAAGUUAAGGCUCCAGCUCGUGAUUUUGACUUUUAUCUAGAUCUGAAUUGUCAUUCUUACUAGACGGACUACGUAUUUAAAGACAAUUCGAAUCAGCUCCCGAGUACGUCGGCGUAGUACUAGAAAAUGCUGCGUGUACCCUGUAGCCCUUUAGCUUUACCAGAACUAGUUGUAGGUCUUUGUCAAGUAAUUUCUUCAACCGAGAAGUCAAAGACGAGCUCGAGCGAGAGUCACAUAAGAGAGCAUUGCAAAUGAAGGCCAUGCAAACUAAGGUAAAAUUGCAAUUCACUUUUGUUGCAUUGCAAAUGAAGGUGAUGCAAGUGCUUCUCUCUCUCUCUCUCGACUUGUUGGUUUACUUACAAUUUUCUACUUGUUUGUGGAACCUUGUCACAUGAUCGAUUCAUCUUCCUGCCUAUUAACAGUGCUAUAGGCCUAGUAUUAAGGAUCAUGCACAGAAUAUAAUCAGGCAUCGCCUCUUCUAAUCCCGACAGAGAAGCAGCUAAGCGAGCGUGUUGCAUUGCAAACGAGGGUCAUGCAAAUGAAGAAGAAGACCGGAAUGGUAGCAUGAUGCUCGAACAUCAGACCACUCAGAGUAUCGGAACUUGAGGCUACCGCUGGAGCAUCCUCAACACCAUCCUUAGCCCUUUUUUCAAGGGGAAAAAGGGCCGAGGGAGGCCCUCCGGGAUGCACGUCGGUACCUCUAAGGAACACAAGCAGACAUUGACGUUGCGCCUGUUGAACACAAGAAGGUGCAUUUUUCUGGAGGACGUUCUAGAAGAACUUCAAGGAGAACUUCUCGUUCGUGGCCGAUGUCGAGAAGCGCGCAGCUGAAGGAAAAACGUCGUACAACUAAAGCAGGCUCGUCUUCUAGACCUUCGUCUAGUUAUCGUACAAGUAAAGGCUCUUCUGCAUCCAGUGGUUCGUCCUCGUCAGAUGAUGCCACUUUAACAGGAGGCUUUGUGAAUGAGGAUUCUCUUACACCAGCACAAUGGAGAAUGAGAAAGCCCAGAGCCAAAGAACUUCUGCGUAGUCCAAAGGAUAUUCGUAGAGAGCUGAAAACAGUGAGGAAAGCACUCAGAAGAUCUACAAUGUUGAGAGGAGCAUCUGGGACAUCAGCCACUGCAUCUUCUGGGAUUGAAGAGAAGUCUCACACAGAAGAGCAGUCUCAUACAAAAGAGCCCUCAACGACGAACAAGAAGAAUCAAAACAAGAAAGUCCUCAAUGUUCUCCCGCGAAAUUCCAUGGCAUCUCACUCUCAUCAACAUCAGCAUCAAGAACUAGAAAGACGACAUCAACAACAUGGUCCUCGCCAGAAGGCUUUUGUUAUGAUGCAGGAGCAGCUGAAACGGCCGAGACCUCCACUUCAACGAGGUGCUGCUUCUAAACCUAAAACACGUGAUUUCGGAGUUGGGACAGAUGAAAAUGACAUAAUCGAGGAGAUCACAGUGGUUGCAAAGUCAAUGCGAAUUGACGACUCGUCAAAAAAGGUUGCAACCAAGCAGGAUAAACACUUCUCUGUGAUGUGAAUUUCUACAGCAUGUUGACUUUGACCUCAAGGCGUCAAUAUCUGGACUUCUUCGAGUUGAAUUGAUGCAAAAAAAUGAUGUUGAUGACAAAGCUUGGAUCUAGAGGUACUCCAAGAUUCAUCAACCCUUCAACGUAUACGUAAAGAAAAACUAGAACUUGGUUGCCGCUAAGGCUCACGAACUUGCGAUGAUAUCAUUCUCAGUUUGGUAGUUCGUUUCUCUUUUUCACGCUGAUGAAUAUGAUACAGCAGGUUAUCGUUUGGUUCCAAUAAUUGAAAGGAUUGCUUGAAUGUAACCACCAAACGUCGUGUUUGCACACUUGUACCGGUAACAAAAAUGAUUUGCUCCAACUACUUUGCUCUUGCCGGAAGAAUUACCUGCACUGAAAAAUGAUGCGACAUUUAUUCACAACAAGAGCAUGGCCCUUGACGAUGUCCCUGGUAGUGCUUCUACAUCAACUUCAACUUUUUAGACUAUGAUGUUAGAGUUCGAUAGUUCUAACUACAAACCGCUUUCUUCAGCAUGAUCGAGAUUGACGUCGACUGAUGUGUGUAUUACUACUAGGUAGUGGAAUCAGGAAGAAGCUCUUGCAAGAAACAGCUACUCAACGAAAAAACACCGACCCAUGACGUCGACCUAUUGUCAUUACAGAGAGCACCAC